UCCAUUUUCUCAUCAUCAGUACAAUCUGGACCAAGCAGCUUCACUGAAUGAACAAUUUUUGUGCAAAUAGCAAAAUUACCGACUGGUGCAACACAAUUUUAACUACGACAUAAUCAAAUCAUUCAACUCUGAUUGCUUUAUUCUCCUGUAAAAAUGGCAUCUUGUCCAAAAAUACUAAAUCCCCACAAGUAAAUACAUACAUAGUUUGUAGUUUUGUGCAUCGACAAGUUUGAGUGAAGGAUUAAACAUCAUCUUCAAUCAUCAUCACCAUACACUCGAUCCGCAUGCAGUAAUAUGUGCACUUUAUCUGCUGCUUCUUUCUGCAUCGAACAUUGAACGACGGGUCAAUCAAAAGUCAUUCUUGUUCUUGGCAUCAUCAUCAGGCACUAAAACGCCUCUAUCGACUCCUCCGUUUUUGGACAAAGUAAUAUACGUACAUCAAAUUAGUGUUGAACUGAACUUGGUAAACGAAUUUAUUUAUCCUCUACAUCGAAUGCCGAUUUAACAUCAGAGUGAAGAGUACAUCAAAUAAAUAUUUUUCCAUUUCACGAAACCUGACCUGAUCACCAGUUUCAAUUUAAUCUCUAGGAAUAAAUUGGACAUUAUUAUUAUGCAUGCAUGUGUAGAGUUGUACCUUAAAUAUGCACGCAUCCAACCAAAGUUUUAGUGUAAGAUCAUCAUCCACGCCAUUCUGAAAGUUGUAGCAGAAUCGUAAUCAAUACUGAUUUCGUGAACCUCACUCUGACCUCUCUUUGCGCAAGAGAUAAGCGACUGAGAGAGUAAAAAUGGAUAACCUAUUUUAAAGACAUUUAUAUUUGUGUACUUAUUUAUUUAGUUGCUGGCUCAUCCUCCAGCCAGAACAGAAUUGUUACCAGUCGUCACUUUGGAUGUGGCAAAUAUUUAGUCCUUCCAGUAAAAUAAAGUGUACAUACUUCAAUGAACACAAGUUAGUUUAUUUAUUAUGAAGAACUGACCUUUUACUACUCUUGAGCCUUUGUUAAAGAUUUGUGAAGAAGUGAUAGCAUUCAAGUUUAAUGGUUAUUGUUAUAUCCUGAUACUAUUGUUGUGCAUUGAUAAUCGUUCUGACACAUAUUUAUCCAUGUAUGUAUGCCUGACAAAGUUAUUAAUGUACUCUCUCAAACCAAGACACAUACAAAUAUUGUACGUUACAUACAUAUGUACAUAGCGCAUAAUUUUGGUGUCAGUGCUUGUGAUUGUCUUUGACUGUUGAUGAUUAACAGCAAUUGAAAACAAAAGUGUGAAGUCCAUGUGCUAGAUUUUACUUGUAUAAUGUUUAUGGUCCGUGAAUUCAUUCAUUAAUUAAAUUAAAUAUUAACUAAAUUGAUGAUUUCAAAAACAUUCGUAAUUAAGUUUGACUCAAGUGCGAACAGUGAAUGAACUUCUAUUCUAAAUACUUCGCAUAGUGUAGAUAGAAAUCAAAAAGGAUAAAAAUAUGAUACGAUAUAACGUCAAACCCCCCGGAGGGGAUGGCAUAGUUUCCACAAUGGUGAGAUUGUGGUGGAUGUUAAUAAAUAAUUACCACACUUAUCGAUGGCUCUUGUCACAGACGGUGGGGUCUAGAAGGUUUUUCUUGCCCAGAAAUGAGAAGCGUCGGGGAGAAACUGCAGUAAUCACAGGAGGUUCUAGGGGAAUUGGAUUUGCAGUUGUGAAAAGGCUCCUCCAAUGUGACAUGCAUGUGAUAAUUGGAUGUCGUGAUAGGAUGUCCACAAACAAUGCCGUCAAAGCCCUUCGGCGAAAGGGCAUCACAACUGGUACAAUUGAAGCCAUUUCUCUUGAUCUCAGCUCUAUCAAUUCCAUCAAGGAAUUUGCAUUCAAAGUCAUGAAAAAAGACGUGACAAUUACCGUCCUCAUCAACAAUGCCGGAGUUAAGGACAUUCCUUAUGGGUUAACCGUGGAAGGUCUGGAGCAGCAUUUUCAAGUGAACUAUCUUGGACAUGUGCUUUUGACCUACAUGCUACUACCCAAACUGCAUUGGUCAGCUCAAACAGAUAAGCACGGAAGAAUAGUCAAUGUCUCUUCUCUCGAACAUUAUGGGGCCUAUCCAAACCUCAGCGACUCACAAAUGAUAGAGUUUUACUCAUCCGAGAAGGCGUAUAUGGAUACAAAACUAAUGUUGACAGCUUGGAGUGGGUUUUUGGAUAAGCGAUUGCAGAAAAUCGGAGCAUCUGUGCGAUCUUACUCCGUUCAUCCCGGAUUUGUUAAAACGGAAAUGUGGAAUCGUGUCGGUUGGGUGCACAAGAUUGGAAUUUUGCAUCGACUCUUUUUUGAAAGAACACAUUCUGCCGCAGAAUCAAUUGCGUACACGUCCCUGUCUCCACAGUUGGAAGGUAGUGGUGGUGUAUUCCUCGCAAACAAUGAGCUUGUCGAACCACACCCCCUCUGUAAGGAUGAAAAGUUUCAAAACAAAUUGUGGGACUUGUCCUGUAAAAUACUCAACAUUGAAGAGAACGAAUUGGCUCCACUUCACGAACUUGACUUCGGGGAAAUGAACUCUGACGACGAAGAAAUGGACCAAGUGAAACAUGUUCACAUUGAUCACAAAAAUCAAAACGAGAUUGAUCUCGAGUACAUUGAAGAAUUUCAUGCUUGUGACUACAAAUACUUUGGAGAUGAGUUCUCUCCCUACAAAAGCGACUUAAAAAAUGCAUCAUCCUUAAACUCAGGAGUUGAUGAUUCUCAAAAGUCUAGUAGCUCCAGUUUCCUCACAUCUUGGAAACAUUCUGUCAAGCUGAAGCUGAACCUCAAGGUUUUUAAAUAUUUCUCACUCUCUUCGCUGGAGGAAACACCAAGGAUGAGGCAGACUCCAGGAAACAAGAACACGAAGCCGUACUAUGAAUACUUUAUCAACAGUUUGUUCAGCCACUGGAAUUUAAAUAAGAGCUGUUUACGAUAUUUGGAGGUGGUGAGCAUCUUUGUGCUGAGACGUUUGGACAGAUUCAAUUCUCAGUUCAAAUUGAUUCAAACCUUUGUGAGGAGCGAUUGAGAAGCGUAAAGAACUGUGUGCAGGAAUUGGGACGCGACUUUUUUAUUCUUAUGGAUUUGAUUUGACUGAUAUAACUUAAUUACAACAUACAUACUCUUAUACUGCAAUAAAUUAACGCCUAUUUUGAACCUUA